AUUAGGAAUUUGUUAAUUUUUGAGAUCAUUCAAGAUGAAAGUUAAUUCUACUAAAUAUACUAGUCUCCAUUAACUGUUUUGAUCCAUAUAUAAUUCUUGGGUAUUUUGUUGAUUUCAUUUUCCUAGUUAAGAAGAUUAGAAACUUUAUGUAUAUACGUAUAUUUACUCUCUUUUUAUAAUUUCUAUUUUGAUUUAGACAAAAAACUUGCAACUUUACCUCAUUACUAAAAAGUCAUGAAUAUUUGUUCAAUUUAUCAACUUUUCAUCAUCAAGCACUAGUGAUUUGAAGAUGACCACAGCCCCAUUUUGUGUUUGAAUGUUGUCCAGAAACAUUUAUACAUUUUUUAUGUUGUGGUUACUUAGGAGACAGGCGUGAUACAAAUUGAAUGAGUUAUUAGUAUAUCUUCAGUUUGACAUGAUAUGCCUACUCAUCUUAAAUUUUUACAUGGAGAAAUGUGCGCAAAAAUCGCAUGUUUUUGCUUCACAGCAGUAUUAAAUGGAAAAAACUACAAUUUUCCCCAUAUUUAAAGGCUUUUCAUCCUUAUAUCAAUUUUCAGUAUACAAUAUAUAUAAGUAUUAUUGAAAGGUUAUUAGAUUGUUUCCAGAUAUUUAAUAGUAAAUCCCACCCCAUCUCUUUCUGGAAACUUCUCUUUUCAGUAGACAUCUACUGUUGCAUCAUAUUUAUUUUAAUGACCCAUCUCCCUCUGUGAUUUCAGUCAGACAAGGUAGUAGACAUCACUGAUCCAAGCUGUACCAGUCUGAUUCUCUCUGUUAAAAAAAUGGCUUUAGAAACCAGAUAUAAAAUAGUCUCUCUGUUAGGAACUUAACAAGAAAGUAAUAUCAUGUUGGCUAAAUACUCUGCAAGAAGCACAGCAAGUCAAUUCACUUAGAGAUGAGAGGGAAGGAGAUGCCUUAAGAGUAACCUCAUUGUACAUUUUCCAGCCCCUCUUAAGCCUGCUUUCUCCCUUGGGUUUUUGGAAACAAGUGGUCUUUCAAUAAAUUUCCCUCUAAUUAAGAUAGCUAUGUGGGGUUUUGCACUUGUCAAAAACAUGUUUAGGUAUUCUUGUAUGUAUUGAAGCUUAUUAUUUUGAGAUUUUAUAAAUUGUGGUUUUCAUAUUAAUUUAACCAUAUUUGGUUCAAAAGGUUGUGGAAUAUUAAUAAUCUAUAAGGGACAAGCACAAGCUUUUGUUGCACUGUAUAAUUUUGAGAAUUGAUGGAUAUUUCCAAGUUGUACAGUUUGUGGAGUGUUUAGAGAAAUUCUUAGAAAACGCUUAUAUAAGAAAUAGCUUUUAAUACCAUCAGUGUCAUAAUAGCAUUUAUGUGAAAUAACACUGACAAUGUAAAAUAUGUUUCAAAGAGAUGUAUACCUUAUUUGUAGAAUCAUUAUAGCCUGGCUGUUAUGUUCUUUCAUUGUUAUAAUGUAUCCAUUUGUUUAGGGGGGAGUCAGGGUAUUUUGCCAUUUAAUGAAAAACAUUUUAGAUCAUUCUGAAUUAUUUCAAAUUACUAUUCAAAAGAGCACAGAAAAUACACACUUGGGAACAUGUGUCUUGUUUAUCCAGCUUAUAUACAGGGGGGAAAGGGAGCUUUUACAUUAGGAGAAUGUAGGUGUCAAAAAUUUUAAAUUAUGAUUUAUUCACUGAUCUAGUCAACAAAUAUUUGUUGAGCACCUACCAUGUGCCAGAGAUUAGAUGUUGAGGGAUAUAGAGGUGAACAAAACAAAGUUCUGGAACUCAAAUUGACACAGAAAAGAAAUAAUUAAAUGUGCACAUAUAUUCUAUAUCACAUAGUGAUCAAUGCUAAGGAGACAAGGCAGGGUAAGGGCUAUAAGAAGUGCCCUUAUAUGCAUGUUCCCAUAGUUUGAGUUUCAUAAAAUCAUAGCUCUCUGACCUUAUGUAGAGAGGGUAUAUAAACUGGAAUUACCUGGUAGCUUUUUCCUUGAUGUUAUUCAACAAGUGAGAAUCACAAUGUUGGUACAUAGACUGCCUAGAAUUUGAAAGAAAAUCUAGAGAAAUUUAUCCUUUUUGCUGAGAGAAUUUUAAGGAAUUACAUAAGUAUAUAUUGUUAUUUUGCAAGAUGACUGAUCACUGUUAAGUCUUUUUUCACUUCUCAGUUCUUUUCACAGCACCCCACACAGACUACAGGUUCUAGAAGGUAGAAACCAUGUCUGGGUUGUUUACUGAUGUAUUUCAGAGCCUAGUACAUAGAUAUCGAUAAUACUUCUUUGAAUGAAGGAUGAAUAAUUAUCAUUGCAUGGUUUUAUGAUUACAUCAUCUCUCCCAAACCAUUUCCAAACUCCUAAUAGAUUAUUGGGAUUACUAAAUAUAUUGAUUAUUGGUAUUACUAGAUUAUUACCGGUAUAUAUCAAGAGAAUACAAUUGUAGCAGUUCUUUUCGAAGUCAACGCAUGGUGGCGCUGCAGGCUAAGGUGUAAAAAAAAAAACCCCAAAAAAGCCCCGGAAAUGCUAUGAACUCAAUCUCAGAUCUCUAGCGGAAGAGAAAAGCCUGCAAACAGUUCGGGACCUGCAAGUCUCCAGAGAAUGCUGUCACCGACAUGUCUAGACUGAGAGAUCCAUCACUGUCUCAGUCCCAUCGCUCCCUAAGGUAGAGCUGGGCCCUGUUCCUGGAAAGGCAUUGGUGGAAUAAAGAUGGAGGCCGGAGGGGAGCGCUUACCUGAACAAAGGCAAGUCCUGAUUUUCUUUCUUUUGAUGGGAGUGGCUCUGGCGGGAUGGGAAUCCCGUCGCUAUUCCGUGAUGGAGGAAACAGAGAGCGGCUCCUUUGUGGUCAACCUGGCUAAGGACCUGGGGCUGAGAGCGGAGGAACUAGCUGCGCGGGGAGCCCGGGUGGUCUCUGAGGAUAAUGAGCCCCGAUUGCAACUUGAUCUGCGGACCGGGGACUUGAUAUUAAAUGAGAAACUGGACCGCGAGGAAAUGUGCGGCCCCACUGAUCCGUGUGUAAUGCAUUUCCAAGUGUUAUUGAUAAAACCAUUGGGAGUAUUUCGAGCUGAGCUACUGGUGAGAGACAUAAACGAUCAUUCUCCCGAGUUUCCUGAAAGAGAAAUGACGCUGAAAAUCCCAGAGACCAGCGCUCCUGGGACCGUGUUUCCUCUGAAAAAAGCGCAGGACUUGGACGUGGGCAACAACAAUAUCCAAAACUACAAUAUCAGUCCCAACUCUCACUUCCACGUUUCCACCCGCAACCGGGGGGAUGGCAGGAAGUAUCCCGAGCUGGUGCUGGACAAAGAGCUGGAUCGAGAGGAGCAGGCCGAGCUCAGGUUAACCCUCACAGCGUUGGAUGGCGGCUCUCCACCCCGGUCUGGCACCGCCCAGGUCCGCAUCUUGGUCAUGGAUGUCAAUGACAACGCCCCUGAGUUUGAGCAGACGCUCUACCAGGUGCAGGUCCCAGAGAACAGCCCUGUAGGCGCCCUAGUUCUCAAGGUCUCUGCGAGAGAUUUAGACACUGGGACAAAUGGAGAGAUAUCAUACUCCCUUUUUUAUAGUUCUCAGGAGAUAAGCACAACUUUUGAGCUAAACAGCCUUUCAGGAGAAGUUCGACUAACUAAAAAACUAGAUUUUGAGACAAUAUCCUCAUAUGAGCUGGAUAUAGAUGCGUCUGAUGGCGGGGGACUUUCUGGAAAAUGCUCUGUCUCCAUUGAGGUGGUGGAUGUUAACGAUAACUCCCCAGAACUAACUAUUUCAUCACUGACCAGCCCCAUUCCGGAAAAUUCCCCCGAGAUAGAAGUGGCCCUGUUUAGGAUUCGAGACCGAGAUUCAGGGGAUAACGGAAGGAUGACAUGCUCCAUCCAAGAUGAUCUCCCCUUCCUCCUGAAGCCAUCUGCAGAGAAUUUCUACACCCUGGUAACAAAUGGGGCUCUGGACAGAGAGAGCCAGGCCGAGUAUAACGUCACCAUCACCGUCACCGACUUGGGGACCCCCAGACUCAAAACCCAGCACAACAUAACGGUGCUGGUCUCCGACGUCAACGACAACGCCCCGGCCUUCACCCAAACCUCCUAUACCCUGUUCGUCCGCGAGAACAACAGCCCCGCCCUGCACAUCGGCAGCGUCAGCGCCACAGAC